AUGAAGAAACCGCCAAGUUCAAUUUCCCGAUUUCCCAAAUCUGAAUUCAAAUUUCACUGCAUCGUCUCCGCUUCCAAAGUGGAAACCCUAAGUUCGGUGAAAUGCCGAACGUAGCGUUUGUUGAUCGGAUCAAAUUGUCGUAGUUUCCUCGUUUCUUUUGGCGCGGGAUCACACGGCAGCGAGAACUUCCACAACGGCAAUCAAGCACAGGUGAAUUUCCAGCUUGUUGUUUCCUUUCUUGCUCAAUUUCGGUCUGAUAAUUUUUCUUGCUGUAGGUAGAAUUGAGUUCAUCUUCAGUAUCCUCCUGUAGAAACUAGAAAGCCAUGAACAACAGCAGUAGCUACGAGGUGGGGAAAGCUGUAAAAAGGCGCCGUAAUGAACAACAACAAGAAGAAGAAGAAGAAGAAUACAGUAUUACUACAACUGACAGGUUAAGUCUUCUUCCAGGUCCUAUUAUUCAUCACAUCCUUUCGUUUCUUGACACCAAAUCCGCCGUUCAAACGUCCGUAUUAUCCCGGCUGUGGAGAUCCACUUGGAAACAUGUCCCUGUCCUCCGUUUGAUCAGUGGUUCAUUUCGACAGUUUUCGAGUUUCAGAAGGUUUGUGGAUAACGUUUUGUCCCUCCGUCGUCCCUUUAAUGUCCGCGAAACACUCUUCAUUAUGAGCCAUCAUCAUCUUGAUGAGGAUGUUAGUUUUGUUGCCAAGGUCGCCCGGUAUUCCUUAUCCCAUGAUGCUCAGCAUUUAGUGGUUCAGCUGUUAGGUAGUACGGGUCUGGAAGCGAGUCGCCGAUUGUCCAAUUUGUUUGGCACGAUCUCGCAUUGCAGCCUCGAAACUCUACGGCUAAGCGUGUCCUUGAUCGAUUGUGAAUUUGGAUCAUCUGGUUUUCGAAUGCUGAAGACGUUAGAGUUGCGUUGCUGCCAACUGGUUCCUGAUGAGGAUGGGGUAUUCGAUCCCUUUCCUAACUUCCCACACCUGGAGAACUUGGUCCUGGAUGGUUGCUGCCAGGGUGACCGCUAUGAAACCCAUCUCAAGAUAUCUGGACCGAAACUGCUUAACCUGGAAUUGUGCGUGAUUUGGUUCUCAAGCGUGGAAAUAGAUGCGCCAAGACUCAAACUCUUUGAUCUCCACCAUCUCCUGGACUCAGUAAAGUUUGCCAAGUUAAGCUUUCCUUCCCUUGAUCAUGCUAGUAUUGAUAUUAAUGACCAAUUCGAGUUCAUGGAGGGUAACGAGGAUUCAGUGGCACAAUGUUUGAUCUCUUUGUUUCGAGGUUUAAGUAACGUGACCAUUCUCAGGCUAGAACCUGAAACCAUCAAGGUACUGAGUAGUAUUAUUCCUGAGAUUCUGUAUCAGCAAUCCUCUCCUUUUAGUAGAAUGGAGUCCUUGAUUGUGACGGCUAACAGUGUACCUUACUCACAGCUCGCUUACUUCCUUGAAGGGUCUUCUGCUGCAGAACCAACUCUUGAUUUUAUAUAACAGAUUAUUGGUUAAAGCAUUUUGUCGUACUGUAGUUUCUGACUGCUCUACACAUGAAGAUCAUUGCAUUUAACUUCGUUGUAUUGGCUAUUUACCACUUGAAGAUGAUCUGUGCAAGCGACUCGAGACCUACUUGCUUAUUUUUUGCUGCAAUCAUGUCAGCUUACUUGUACUUUAUAGGUUCAUUCCUUCAAUUCAGGGUUUCCGAAGAUAUCUUUUCCGUCAGGUGCCUUUUGUCUCUGAAAGGUUUGGUCUUUCCUUAAUUAUGAACUUCUGGUGUUCACCCAAAUGGUCUGUCUUCCUAAUUAACUUGUUAUUCAGCUAGAUAAGAAGUAUUUAGAAGCCAAAGCAUGGUUGUGAUGCUGAAGUCUGAAUCUUGAUACAAUACUGUCGAAUGAUGUUGUAUUAUAUAUUUACAUCGUGCCUUAGUGGUGAGCAUGGUUGUCAUGUCGGUGGCAUGCCACCCGGUUGAACCUGUGCCUUGCAGUGUUGUUGUUUUCCAUUAUCGUUAAUCACUUUGCUAUACAUAUGUGUAGCGCGUUACCGGCGCCAUUCCUGAAGUAUGAAUUGCCUUGUUCAUCUCAAAGAACCAGUAAUCAUUUUGCAUAGUGUCGUUAUUCAUCGUUUUCUUCAGCAUCUCCUGAAUGAGUAACACUCAUAUUUGAUAAGUAAUAUCUUCUUGAGGAUUAAAACUAUAUAUAUGCAUACAUGAUAAAGUUCCAAGCAUACCUGAAUGGUACAGUCAUCCAGUAGUAGCGUCGAAGUUUUUGCACCAUGCGAACAUUGGAACAAGGAGUUCAAAUAGGGAUCUACAUGUGUUCUUGCCUCAGGUACCGACUUCUUGAAAGAAUCAUACAGUACAAAACCAAGUAUUGAGUCCGUAAGAAUCUUGUAGCUUAACUUCUUUACGUAGCCUCUACUCUCUACUCUCUGAUAGUUGGUAAGUUGAAGCAGAGCAUGGUCCUCUCCAUAUUUGCAGCUGGAGUGAGUCGACAGAGCCUCAAUAUGAUGCUGCAUUGAGGUGGGGGUGCUGGGUUUGAGAUCUUGUAGCCCAUAAAGCAGCUAUUUUGAUAAUCUGGGCCUAUUUACCAAGGCCUUCUAUAUGUUUAUUUGUGGAUGUCAAAUGUCAAUCAGCCAAUUAUCCCAUUACCAAUUUUCAAGUGGUAAUUAUUCACAUUUUGUCAAAUUAACUAUUACAAGCAGACAAAGCCUCUAAAGAAAUCCUUCAACUCAUAGUAUAAUACAGUUUUCGUUGUUCCUUCUCAAUGUGUACAAAUCCUUCAACUCAUAGUAUAACACAGUUUUCGUUCUUCCUUCUCAAUGUGUACAAAUCUUCUCAAUACUAGGACAAUUUUGCCCAUACCUAUGGGUUUCUUACUAUCCAACCCAAUUGGGUUGGGUAUGAAAUCCAAAUAGAUGGAUUUGGGUAGAGUUUGAUGGGUUUGUAUCCAUACUCAUUUACUUUGGGUUGAGUUGGGUUUAUAUCAAAUGGAUUUGGGUUUGUACCCAUGCCCAAAUAUAAAUUACAUUUUGGU